GGAGCCGGGCUGGGCGUCAGCCCGCCACGGAAAGCUCUUCUUUCCGACGGCCGCUUCGGAAACGAGCUAGGGGCCGUUGUGAGCACUGCACGGGACCCCGGGAGACAAAACAGACGGACGGCCGCGGCCCGGCACAGCGAGGGGCACCCGUGUCUGACACUUGGAGUGACGAAACAUGUCUCAGUCGGGUGAAAAAGUGAAGUUUUCUGACUCAGCAGGCUAUGUGGGAUUUGCUAAUCUGCCGAACCAGGUCCACCGGAAAUCUGUGAAGAAGGGCUUUGAAUUCACACUGAUGGUGGUUGGUGAAUCUGGCUUGGGAAAAUCUACUUUAAUUAACAGUCUGUUUCUGACUGAUCUUUAUCCAGAGCGUUAUAUUCCUGGAGCUGCAGAGAAAAUAGAGAGAACGGUUCAAAUUGAAGCUUCUACAGUAGAGAUAGAGGAGCGGGGGGUGAAACUGCGCUUAACGGUAGUGGACACACCAGGAUAUGGAGAUGCCAUUAACAGCCAGGACUGCUUCAAAACGAUUAUCCAGUACAUUGACAACCAGUUUGAAAGAUACCUUCAUGAUGAGAGCGGGCUGAACAGGCGCCACAUUAUAGACAAUAGAGUCCAUUGCUGUUUUUACUUCAUCUCUCCCUUUGGGCACGGGCUGAAACCAUUAGAUGUAGAAUUCAUGAAGGCUCUUCAUGGAAAAGUCAACAUUGUCCCUGUGAUCGCCAAGGCUGACACGCUGACGCUGAAGGAGAGAGAGAGGCUGAAGAGAAGAGUGUUAGAUGAGAUUUCUGAACAUGGCAUUAGGAUUUACCAGCUUCCUGAUGCAGAUUCUGAUGAAGAUGAGGAAUUUAAAGAACAAACCAGAGUCUUAAAGGCUAGCAUUCCCUUUGCUGUUAUUGGAUCCAAUCAACUUAUUGAGGUGAAAGGGAAGAAAAUCAGAGGCCGCCUGUAUCCCUGGGGAGUUGUUGAAGUUGAGAACCCAGAGCACAAUGAUUUCCUUAAAUUGCGCACAAUGUUGGUAACUCACAUGCAGGACCUGCAGGAGGUGACCCAAGAUUUGCACUAUGAGAACUUCCGUUCAGAGAGGCUGAAGAGAACUGGCAAACCUGUUGAAGAGGAAGUUGUAGACAAGGAUAGAAUCCUUCAGCAGAAGGAGGCUGAGCUGCGCCGCAUGCAGGAGAUGAUUGCACAGAUGCAAGCCCAGAUGAGGAUGAAGCCUGGAGAUGACUAAGAUACUUAAUAGCUGGAUGCAUCAGCAGCGUACAGUUCUCUAAGUGGACGGGUGCUCUCUUUUCUUUGACCAAGUGGUAACGUUCACAUGCAAAGGCCGGAUUCUGCAGAUCAAGACCUGCAUUAAAACAAACACAGAGUCUGAAGAUUGUGUUGUAAAACUGCUUGUUUUAUAUAUUCGAUGUUAAUCAAGUUAUCCUGUAUCUUUUUCGAUUCUUUUGGUAAUGCUGUCUUCAUGCUUAGAAAUGUGUUUUUAUUCUCCUUCCUAUGCCUUUUGGCACAGAAAUGGAUAAGCAUGCUGUUUGGACCAGGCCUUGUGCUGGGGCAAGGAGUUAAUUAUGUAUCUGCUAGAUUGUUCUGAACUGUUCUGUGAUUAGUAGUAAAAGCCUCCGUGGCUUGUUGGCAGUAAAUGUGUGUUUGCACAGUAUUGUAACCUUCUAUUGCUAUUUUAAGCCAUUCUAUAUCACAUCAGUUCUUCAUAACUUUCUGUGCUUCAGUUCUUUUUCAAGCUUCAUCUCUGGUGAUUUGUAUUUGUGUGAUGUAUGAGAAAAUAUCCAAACCACUGACAAUUCUAAAUCGCUGUGCCUUAAAAUACCAUGAACACUAUGCAUGCCAGAAACUUCUGUGGAUGCCUCUGGAGAGUUGUCUUCAGGUCUCAGUAUUGCUUGCAGGUAUUCCUAUCACGGCGUUCUUAGCUCCCAGCUGAGUGGUGGCAUGUAAUGAACCUUUUAUAUACCAUAACACUAAUUUUCAUGGAGGUUUUGUAAUAAAUUGUAUCAGUGUGGAAAAA